UCGUCACGUCACUGGCUCGUUUCCACAUGAAAGAUCGUUCUUGCAAGGCAGGGUCCCACUAGAGUUAAAGAGUAUAAACAUAGACGAUCACCCACUAAUGCUCUCUCAGUGCACAUCUGAUUAGAGAUUGAGCGAGAUUAUGGUGAUGCUGAUGGGUUUGAACUCUUUAUUCCUUCUGCUAAAUUUAGCAGCAGUGACCCAUAAUAGUUUAGGAGAAGAAGUUCCUCAUAAAUUUAGCAGGGAUGACUUCCCACCAGGAUUCAUCUUUGGAGCAGGAACUUCGGCUUAUCAGGUUGAAGGGGCAGCAGCAGAGGAUGGUAGAAAACCAAGCAUUUGGGACGUGUUCACUCAUGCUGGGAAGAUGCCAAAUAAGAGCACAGGAGAUGUAGCAGCAGACCAAUAUCACAAAUACAAGGGAAAUUUCAGUAGGGACUGGGUGAAAUUUAAGGGAUCAUUCCUUAUGGAAGAUGUGAAGCUUGCACAUGAUAUUGGCCUAGAUGCCUACAGAUUCUCCAUCUCAUGGUCAAGGCUUCUCCCAGAUGGAAGGGGAGCAGUCAAUCCAAAGGGCCUAAUGUAUUACAACAAUCUUAUCAAUGAACUCAUUAGCCAUGGAAUCCAACCACAUGUGACCCUUCAGCAUUUGGAUCCUCCUCAAGCACUAGAGGAUGAAUACAAAGGAUGGCUAAGUCCCAGGAUAAUAGAUGAUUUCAAGGGAUAUGCAGAAGUGUGUUUUAGAGAAUUUGGGGAUAGAGUGAGGCAUUGGUCCACUAUCAAUGAGCCUAAUAUGUUUCCUUUAGGUUCUUAUGAUUUGGGAUUUUGGCCACCUCAACGAUGUUCUAACCCCUUUGGAUUGAUAAACUGUACGGUGGGCAACUCCUCUACUGAACCCUACAUCGUUACCCACAAUGAAUUGUUGGCCCAUGCAGCAGCUGCAAGACUUUACAAGGACAAGUACCAGGCUACACAAGGUGGAUCAAUCGGAAUAUCGAUAUAUUGCUUUUGGUAUGUCCCAUACACAAACUCGUCAUCGGACGUUGCCGCCACACAAAGAGCACUUGAUUUCAAUAGUGGCUGGAUUUUGAGACCCUUAGUCUCUGGGGACUACCCAGAGACCAUGAAAGAGAUGGUUGGAUCAAGGUUGCCAUCUUUCACAAAAGAAGAAAGCGAGGUAGUCAAGGCCUCAUUUGACUAUAUCGGACUCGUUCACUAUACGACUAUGUAUGUAUCCGAUGACCAAAGCCGUCGGAAAACAGGACUGAGGGACUACCAAGCCGAUGUGUCUGUCAAAUUUUCAGUGGAGAAGGAUGGCGUGCCAAUAAAUGAGUUACCUGGUGCAACUCCCGUUGUUCCGUGGGGCCUACAAGGAAUAUUGGAGUAUAUUAAGCAAACUUACAACAACCCUCCAAUUUUUAUACAUGAAAAUGGUUACGGGAGUCGAAAUCAAGAAUCUAUGCCCCUUUCAAAGGCCUUGAAUGAUGCUUCUAGAGUAAGCUACUUGGAUGGCUAUCUUAGGAGCCUUCUAAAUGCAAUAAGGGACGGUUCUAACACCAAAGGGUAUUUCGUAUGGUCCCUUUUGGAUUGUUUUGAAGUUCUUAAUGGUUACGAGUCCCGCUUUGGUCUCUAUCAUGUGGACUUCAAGGACCAGGACUUAAGGAGAUAUCCCAAGCUCUCUGCGCAUUGGUAUUCCAAUUUCCUCAAAAGUAACCCCAACAACAAACACCUUGAAUCUACUUCAUUUGCAAAGUAUCACUCGACAGUGUAGCUCCUAUAUUUUCAUGUUAAAUGUUAAUGGAGUGCGUUGCUUCAUUUUAUUAUUGAAUUGAGAGAGAUCCGUCUCCUUUUGGAACAUCAUUAUGCAAUUAAGUGCUCAUUUUUUAUCAAAA